GAUGAGGGUCACCUGGGUGCCACUGUUGGUAACCACUGUUCAAUGGGAGUUGUCCCCCAGGACUACCGCAGUGUUUCUGGAAGACGACCCCUGACCAAAGGAUGAGCACCACGCUUGGCUUGGUUUACCACAAGAGAUGGCCUUUGGGGGUUUUUUACACCAUGUAUACAAGUGGAUAGAAGGAUGGACUUUGAAUCAGAACGAUCAAGGGCUUACUUCGCAGUCCGCCCAGAGCUAAUGCACCGGGAGACACAAAGAGCGGCCAAAGACCGUCCUGCCCUCUUCCAAUCUGAACGGAGGAGACAACACGUAAACAGAGGCUAAGCUACGUACAUCCACAUUUCAUUACAAUGACAUGUAAUGGUCAAUUUAAAUAAAAAGCUCUGCUUAAGCAGAAAACCAUCCACCUGGGGAUAUUCUAGACUUAAGGGCAGUUGGGGAAGGUUUCCAGCCAAAGCUGAGCCUUGAACUGGAAUGUAAGGGAAGCCGCGAAGGUCAGGCAUGGGGGCGGCUGGGAGGGAAGGGGCUUAGUAAAGUGCAGAGCCCCGAGAGGAUCCUGGGUACUGUUGUUGGAGCAAUCGGAAGGCCGGUGUCACGGGAUCUCUGCGGCUAAACAGUCAAUAGCUGGGUGACCCUGGGCAAGUCAUUUAACUUCUCUGUGCCUCGAUUCCCGAUCUGUUAACCCAGAUCCCUCAAGUCCCGGAAGUUUUCCAUUUAAGAACCCAUUAUCCUUAUCAAUAAAGAAAAGUCUUCAGGGCGCCUAUGUGCAGCGUUGGUUCGGAGACCUUAGAAAUGUUUAAAGAUUGGAUUUCUGCUUAUGCUAAAGCUUAUACUUUCUUUUGAAGAGAUUCUUUCUCCUCUCCCAGGGCCGCUCACUCCUAGUCGGAGAACAAUUUAAACCUCGAGGUCAGAAACCAAAAAAGACCUUUCAACGAAGGGAUUUCCUCAGUGCGCCUGCGCAAACAGGCGGCGAUCAAAUCAGCCGCAUUUCCUCCAGUUCACUGGAAGGGGGAGCUGCGAAAUAAUUCACUACCUAUUUUCCCCCACCGUUCCUCCUCCUCCCACCCCACCCCCAUUGUCCUGGGCUACCGUCAAAUGAAAGAAGCGGUCCUUGAGGCGGGAUCGUGGCGCUCUAGCCCCCCGCUGAUCUCAUCUCUAUUACCUUUUGUCCUCCAGCCUCUCGCUUUGGGACGCUAGGCCCAGUCGCCCCGUUGCUAGGCGGAAGCAAGGCGGCCAAAGAGGCGGCCACCGCGGGAUAGACGGCGGGAGUCCUGCCGGGAGGUUUGAAAAGUGGAUACGCCUGCGGCCCAAGGCCCCGCCCGGCUAAGCCGGUGCCGUUUCGCCCCUUUAACGGCCAGCCAGGCGGAAGCCGCCCUCAGCUCAGCAUCCUCCUAGGAGCGGAAGGGAUAUGAGAGAUAGUGUCCGGGGCUAGGAACCCCGGAGGGGGCGAGGGAGCCGAGCAGCGGCUACGGCCGAGCCGGCAGGCGCAGGCGGCUGGAAGCCGACCGGGACUCCCGGAGGCGGGCGGCAGGCAGCAACCAGGGCGAAGGAGAGAGGCCCGACCUUCGGGCCGGGGGGUCUUCGGUGGAGCCCAGGGCCCCCUCCCAACCCCUCUCAUUGAUUAUCAUUCAAGAUCCUUUUCUCCUUCCUGGAACUAGCUGCAAACAUGGUCUCCAAGUCCGACCAGCUGUUGAUCGUGGUCUCCAUCCUGGAAGGGCGCCAUUUUCCCAAGCGCGCCAAGCACAUGCUUGUGGUGGAAGCGAAGUUUGAUGGCGAGCAGCUGGCGACCGACCCCGUGGAGCACUCCGACCAGCCGGAAUUCGCCACCGAGCUAGCGUGGGAAAUAGACAGGAAAGCCCUUCACCAGCACAGGUUGCAGCGCACACCUAUCAAGCUCCAGUGUUUUGCUUUGGAUUCUGUGUCUACAGCUAAAGAAUCCAUUGGGUACAUCGUUCUAGAUUUAAGAACUGCCCAAGAAAUAAAGCAGGCGCCCAAGUGGUACGCGCUGCUGAGCAAUAAAUACACCAAGUUCAAGUCUGAGAUACAGAUAAGCAUCGCUCUGGAAACCGACACCAAGGCGCCAGCGGACAGUUUCAAGGCCAAGGAGGCGCCGCCCAGAGAAGGAAAAGUGCCCGCUGGGUUAUCCGGAGUGGACCCCAAGAAGAUCGUCGCGGUCUUGAACGAGGAGGAAGGCUACCACCAGAUUGGACCAGCCGAACACUGCAGAGACUUCUUUGUGAUGUCCGUGACCAUAGCGUUUGCCACCCAGUUGGAGCAGUUAAUUCCGUGUACAAUGAAACUUCCAGAGAGACAACCUGAGUUCUUCUUUUAUUAUUCACUACUGGGAAAUGACGUUACAAAUGAACCAUUCAGUGACUUGAUGAACCCGGAUUUUGAACCAGAGAGAGCAUCUGUUCGAAUACGUAGCAGUAUCGAAGUACUUCGCAUUUAUCUCUCUUUCCAUUCUAAACUUCAGAUUCAUCUCUGCUGUGGAGACCAGUCGCUUGGAAGCACAGAAAUCCCACUCACUGGAUUGUUGAAGAAAGGAAGUACAGACAUCAACCAGCGCCCUGUAGCAGUUGAAGGUGCUUUUAACCUUGAUCCACCCAACCGAGCCAAACAAAAACUUCCCCCGAUCCCCCUGGAAUUGGCACCUACUGUGGGAGUAUCUGUGGCUUUACAAAGAGAAGGCGUAAACGCUCAGCCUUUGGUUGAAUUCAAGACCCAAGGUGAGCAAGAGCACUCAAAGAAGAGAAUUUUAACACCUAUCCAGGAGAAAUCAUUAACUGAAGAGAAAUCACCCCCUCCAUCACCUGUUCCACUUCCGAAUAACCAGUCACCACCGACUAAAGAUGAUGCAACAGAAAGUGAAAUAGAAAGUUUACAGUAUGACAAGGACCCAAAAGGAAAUCAAAAAGCCUUGACUUGUCCCACGCCAGCCUCUCAAGUCCAUCUAGUGACAACAUCCAAUGCUUCCGAGAUGACUUCAGGACAAAAGAUUGCUGUGCCGGCGUCGUCGCACCACUUCUGCUUUUCGAUAGAUCUAAGGAGCGUCCAGGACCUCGAAGUUGACUUUCCGGUCAAUUGCAUGUUAAAGUAUUCCUAUCCAUUUUUUGGAAGUGCUGCUCCUAUUAUGACGAAUCCACCCGUAGAAGUCCGGAAAAAUAUGGAAGUCUUUCUUCCCCAGUCGUACUGUGCAUUUGACUUUGCUACUUUGCCUCAUCAGCUCCAGGAUACCUUUCUGAGGUUACCACUGCUUGUUGAACUAUGGCAUAAGGACAAAAUGGCCAAAGAUUUACUUAUUGGAAUUGCUAGAAUUCAGCUUUCGAAUGUCCUAUCCUUAGAAAAAACUCGAUUUCUAGGUGUUCAUGGGGAACAGUGUUGGCGCCAAACUUUCAGUGAGAGGGUUCCUGUUACAGCAGCACAAGGGGCGAGCCACAGGGUAGCGGACCUCUCCUACACGCUGACUCUGGAGGACCACGGGCUGGUGCGAGUGCGCGAGAUCCUGAUAUCGGACUCCUCCCAGGGCUUCGCUGCAAGCCGACCCGAGCCGCCUCCUCCUCGGGCCCUGUGCGGCCCCGAGACGCCGGCGGAGCCCCGAGAGAGCCUGGAGUACCGGGCGGCCCUGGAGCUGGAGAUGUGGAAGGAGAUGCAGGAGGACCUCUUCGAAAGCCAGCUGAAGAAGCGAGAGCUGGCUCACAUGCAGGCCCUUGCAGAGGAGUGGAAGAAAAGGGACAGAGAAAGGGAGUCGCUGGUCAAGAAAAAGGUAGCAGAAUACACCAUUUUGGAAGGAAAACUUCAGAAAACUUUAACUGACUUAGAAAAACGUGAACAACAGCUUGCCAGUGCAGAAACAGAGCUGCAAAGAAAGAAGAAAGAGCUGCACUUAGAUCACGAGAGAAGCCUUCAGGAACUUCAGGAUUCUAUCCGGAGGAUCAAAGAGGAGUGCACGCACCAGGUAGACCUGGAGAUAGCCAAAAUGAAGCAACUGGAGACAGAAAAGCAGAGGCUUCAGCAGCAGCUUCAUGACGCUGAAAUUAAGUAUAAAACUUUGGAAAAAGAAUUCCAGCAUUUCAAGGAACAGCAAAACAGCAAGCCAGAAAUCCGUCUGCAGUCAGAAAUAAAUAUUCUCACGUUGGAAAAGGUCGAACUUGAAAGAAAGUUGGAAUCGGCGACGAAGUCUAAACUACAUUACAAGCAGCAGUGGAGUCGAGCUCUGAAGGAACUGGCCAGAUUAAAGCAGCGUGAACAAGAGAGUCAAAUGGCCCGUCUUAAGAAACAACAAGAAGAGCUUGAACAUAUGAGAUUACGUUUUCUGGCAGCAGAAGAGAAAGACACAAUGAAAACUGAGCGACAAGAACUAUUAGAUAUAAGAAAUGAACUCAACAGGUUAAGGAAACAAGACUCAGAACAGUUCCAGAAUUCCAGAGAGAUUGCAAGUGGAAAAAUGGAGAGUUUGGGUGGAAAGGCUUUUGAAGAAGAUUUGGAUGAUUAUCUGACUCGCCUAAUAGAAGAAAGAGAUACUUUGAUGAGAACGGGUGUGUAUAAUCAUGAGGAUCGGAUAAUAAGUGAACUUGACCGUCAGAUCAGAGAAGCUUUGGCCAAAAGCAGUACCAGUAAUUAAUAACAUUUGGAAAAUCUUUACUAAGACUUUGAGCCUUAGUUCUAAUUUCAUUGUAAAACUCUGAAAGCAGAAAAAAGUUGAAAAAGCCAUUUUCUUUUUUUUAAAUCUGUGAAAAGAUUUUUUGUUGUUAUAAUAUUUAUUUGGUUUUUAUUUACUUUAAAUCUAUCUCUUCUACCUUUCCCACACUGGUUUUAUUUGUAAUUUCUUUUUAUAUACUCACUAAGCAACUUUUCAGUGUUUCUCAUCAUUUAUCAUUUGAUGGCUAACUUUCAAAAUAGCUUUUCACUAAAUUUGUCUAGGAAAAGAUGACUGCAGUAAUUCCCAAUGACAUAAUUUUAUACAUUGAGCCAAAAAAUAUAUGUUGCACUUUAUAAAUGCCGUGUCCUGUUACAUGUGUGUAAAUAUCUUAAACGCUGAACACCAGUUGUAAAUAAGUUUCAUUUUCAUUCUUCUGUAGACAGCAUGCCUUUUUUUCUGCAGAUGUUGAAGAGAACGUCUUGAAGCAGGAAGUUCAAUUCAGGGAAGUCAUUUUUAGAAUUAGGCAGCAAAAGAAUGGAUACCCAAUUAGUUAUUUGUUUUACCACCUGUUAAAGAGGUUGUUUUUUUUUUAGUAACAAGAUCCACUGACCUCAUGCUUACAUUUCUAAAGUAUUUUACUCUUAACUUUUUAGACAAGCAUCUUGAUAUUUGUCUUUUCUUCUGGUCCCAUAUACAAGCUGGAAUUGUUUUCUCUUUUCUUUGAAUUGAAGCUAUUCCCUUAUUUCAAUAAUAGUGACAGAUGAGUGCAAAUCUUCUCUUCCUCAGUGGAGAAACAGACAUUUUAAAGACUUCAGCUGAGAAAACAAAUGAAUGAAAAUGGAUACUAAUGUUUUCCCUUUCAUUUUAGUCUUUUAAAAAAAGUAAAUGAAAAGAAUUCAUUGGAUUUCUGUAGUGCCAAGUCGGUAAAACUACAAGUGUUGCCUUCUGUUGUUUUCUUCAGAGCCAGGCACUGUACUGAUUCAGAACUCACUUUAGUUCCCAGAGCAACAUUUUCACCUCCUUUUUCCAAUGUAUUUUAUCAGUGUACUCAAAAUUUUCUUUUGCAACUUCACUGGGCCAGUUACAUGAAAAUUCCAAAAUGGGAUAAUUCAAAAACUUGACCCCUUAAAGAAGGAAAUGCUGUUUACCAGUAACUCCUACAAAGUCAUAAUAGAGCAUUUUGAAGAUUAACCGAACUUUCUUUUUUGGAUAGAGGCAUGUAACUUCCUUAAAGAGAUUGUUAUUUUUAUUUAUUUUUUUUUGGACCAAGUGCUGGUUGUCUAAAAACAACAUGACAGUAAGUAAAUAUAAAUGUAUGAAUAUAAUGAAUAAAGGGAUGAAUCAUAGGAUUUUAAAAUAUUAAUUAUGGCUGGAUAUUUUCUCUGAAUGAUUUUGUGCUACUCAAAUAGAAUUGUAAUCUUUUUGUGUGUUUGAAGGAAAGCUUGUUGAAAAUAUUGUCACUAUUUCUUUUCAGUUUCUCUGUGGGCUGAAUGUGACAGUUUUCAAACACUAGCGGGUGCCUAAGAGAGGAGGGUUGUUCUAAAAUGAGUGUGUGGUUUACCUUGCCUGAGGGAAAGUGAUGUAUUUUUUUCUAUGUAAUUUAACAAAUAAAAUCGGAAUUUUAUGCA